AUGGCAUCUGUUAGACCGGGUUAUGAGACCCUUGUUGCUAUCCAUUCUAAAGCAUUGCCAAACACGCUAUUCUGCUCUUCCUCAAGCCUAGAGGUUGGUUCUGUGAGUCCUACAAUAGUGGAAAGUCCGCAGCAGAGGCACCAGAAAGACCUUGAACGUGAGGCAUUGAAAGUCCUCAAAGAUGAGGCAAUUGGAAGUCCUCUAACAGAGACACCUGAUUCCCAUGACCAAGGGAAAUCAGCCACGAUGGCUAGAUCAAAAGAGUCAAGAAAAAUCAUUGUCUGAAUUCUCUAGUUGGGGAUACUCAUUGUUCAGAGUCUCUAAUUGAGAUAACUGCUGUUCAGAAUCACUAGCUGGGGUAAUAAAUAUCAUUGUCAAAGUUCAUUGUCAUCACACUCUCUAGCUGAGGUGAUCAUUACCUGAAGCUCCUAGUUGGAGCAAGAAAAAUUGUCAAAUUCGGAUUCUCGAGUUGAGAAUACCUGUUGUUUGAAGCCCCUAGUUGAGGUAAUACUACUAUUGUCAAGUUCAUUGCUAUUCUACAUUCUCUAUAUAGAAUGGGGGGAAGCUCCUAAGUUGGAGCAAAUGAUUUCAGAGUUCAGGGUUGUUGUAAUGGAAAUACAGAGAUGGGGGGAACAUUCGUGUGCUGUGCAUUGAAUUUUACAAUUACUGCUGUACAGGCGCCUAUUCCUCCUAAUCAGGAAACUAGAGUCUGAAUCUUGUAAUUAAUCGCUAGCUAGAUUAUAAGACAAUAACAUUGAUCCUCCUACAAUAUUCACUGUGUAAAAGGUAUUUUUUGUAAUAUCCCGAGUGAUUUGUGGCUGGAACUUUUCAGAGAGAGUUUC